GUGUCUUUUCCUCCCCGCCUUUUCAAGAGGGAAUAAGAAGGGAACCCAGAGACUGAGAGACUCGGAGUCAAAACAGACGCUCAUCCAACCCUGCAAUGCCCAGUAGUACCCCAAGCACCAACGGAAUCAUGCCUGAAGCAAAGAACGCAGGAAGAAAAGGAUCAAGAAAAGAAGCAAAUCAUGCAGCAAAGGCACCACCGUAUGAGCCCAACAUCACCGAGCCCAAUACUAGAGCUGAGCUGAUGAAGUACUGGAUAAAUCUUUCUCUGGAUGACAGAACUGCUCAGAAAAUGUUGUGGCUCUCAGAAGGUGGGACCAAAGUCUCACGAAUGUCAGAGGAAGUGUGUCCUGUUCUGGACAGACCAGAGAGAUAUGAACAUUCACCACAGGUGCUGUGUAAGGAGGGUCUUCUGGACAAUCGUGGGUACUGGGAGGUGGAAUAUGAGGGCUGGGUGGUGAUCGGGGCAGCGUGUGAAAGCGCAGGGAGAAAAGCUAAGGAUGGCUCAUGUGGCCUGGGAGAGAAUGACCUUUCAUGGGGUGCUGGCUGGGCCGGAUCCUGCUACCAUGUCUGGCACAAUGGAGAGAACACAGAAAUCCAGGCUCCUCUCUGCCCCAUCAUCGGCAUCUAUGCUGACCAGCCAGCUGGCAUCAUCAAGUUUUACCUUGUUGAAGAGGGAGAGAACGGCUCCAAGGAGGUCAAACUGGUUCAUCGAUUUGCAUCCAAAGUAAAUGAGAAGCUCUUCCCUGGUUUCUGGGUGGGCAGGAACUCCUACUGCUGGAUCCGAAAGAAGGACCAGUAAAGAGGGGGAUACCUGAAGAGAAGGAGGGGUUGGAAGAAUUAUUGUAGUUAGAGACUGUUUUUUCCCUGUUGUAAGGGUGAUGUAAGGAAAAGAAGAGGAUGCAGGAAAAUUCUAUUGGUAGGGAGAGUCAGAAGCAAAAAAAAAAAAAA